CUUAUUAAACGAUAACCAAGCAUCAAACAUUCAUCUACAGCAAGAAACUCUGUACCACGAACCAUACCCACCAAAAUGUACAAACUCGUCGCAUUCGCCUCCAUCGUCGCCUGCACCGCUGCAGCCUUAACCGCCCCAGGGCCCGACGAGUCCAUCAUAACCCUCCCAACGGUGACCAGUCUCCCCGGACACUCCGAGACAGUCACCACCCUCCCAGGGCAUUCCGAGACGGUGCCGGACUCGCCAACCGAUACACCAACCACCACUCACCCAAUCGGCUCUGGUACCAUCCCUCCGUGGGCCUCCCAAAGCCCGACCCCGACUCAUCCAAUUGGAAGUGGAUCGCCUCCGCCUGGUAGUAGUAGCCCUAGUGAUUCUCCAUCGUCGACGGGAAGCAGUGGGGAUGAUGGCCCGACAUUUACGGGCGCGGCUAAGCCUCUGUAUAAGGCCGGGACGAUCUAUGCUGUUGCGGGUGUUGGGGCGUUGGUUGGGGCUGUUAUUGUUUAGGGCUGGUUUUCUGAUGCUUUGGAUUGAUAUUAGUUAAUAAGUCAUUUAAUAUACAACGGUUGCUAAAUAUAUCUGUCUCCCAUAGGGCUGAAGCGUCGAGUUCUCUGCCCACGUUGAUAAUACAACUCCAUAA